UCUAAGUCUCAUGCCAGAAUUGCCCGUAACAAGUUGCUCAAGGCCCGAAUCAGAGAAGGACUGUCAGAGCAAGAAUUGGAGCUGGAAAUUCAGGAAAUAGCGGCCCUUGGGCGACGUGAGCUGUUACUAGCAAGGACUGAAAUUGAGAUGGCCAAGAUAGACGUGGCCGUGGAGGAACAACAACGAACCAAGGAGGAAGCAGAGUUGAACAAACGGUCGCAGAUCGACCGGUAUAAAAGGCCCUGUGACCUGCCUACGGGAUUCAAGGGGUUUCCUCAGUGCAAACUCGGAACUCGAAAACUUGAGGGAGCAUCCACGGCCAUCAUCGUCCCCGGUUGCUGA